AUGGCGGUCCACAUUAAAUCAGGGGCUGAGUUCAACGAGAAGAAGGACUCCAGCUCACCAUCCGGAUCCGAGCGGCGAGAUGUAUUCGAUGUACCGGGAGAGGACAACCAGAAGCUCAGCGCUGUUUUCGAGAACCCUCUCGCAGGUGUCUCCCGAGAUGAUCUGAUGCAAGAUGUCACCGAGUUCUGCCAGCAAUACGACCUCAUGAAGCAUCUUGAGGUAAUGAAGAAAGGAGCCCUGGUAGCGCACCGACCUUUCGCUGCCCAAGACAUUGACGAGCUAUCUGCAGAGGAGAAGGCGCAGAUCUCCCGCGAGCUCACGCACAAAUGGGACCAGCCGUGGAUGUUGUACUUUCUCGUCACCAUGUCCUCCUUGGCCGCAGCCGUGCAGGGAAUGGAUGAGUCGGUCAACAACGGAGCGCAGGCUUUCUACUUGAAAGAGUUGAACGUUUCCCCCUCCGACCGCUUCUCGCCCAGUAUGCAGUCAAACCUGACGGGUCUCAUCGUCGGCGCACCCUACUUGGCCUGCGCUGUGCUGGGUUGCUGGCUCACCGAGCCUCUGAACAGACUGUUCGCGAGACGAGGUACAAUCUUCAUCUCCUGCUUUGUUGCCGCCGUUGCAUCCGUCUGGGAGGGCGUCUCAAACUCAUGGGUCAACUUGUUCAUUGCUCGUUUCGUACUUGGCCUUGGCAUCGGAAGCAAAUCCUCUACGGUGCCCGUCUACGCUGCUGAGUGCGCCCCGGCACCUAUCCGGGGGGCACUCGUCAUGCAGUGGCAAGUCUGGACUGCAUUCGGCAUCAUGUUGGGCAACGUUAUGGUGGGUAGGAGGUUCGAACGGGAGGCGAUUGACUUGCUGACUUCAUCAUAGGGCGUUGCAUUCGGUGGCCUUCGUCCCGAUCUCGCCUGGCGGCUCAUCUUAGGGUCAACCGUCGUCCUUCCCGUGCUAGUCUGCGCCAUGAUCUACUUCUGCCCGGAGUCACCACGUUGGCUGAUCCAACACGGGAAGAUGAAGGAAGCAUUUCGCGGUUUUCGUCAGCUUCGUCGCUCCGACAUCCAGGCUGCACGAGACCUCUACUACACUCAUGUCGGUGUUGCUCUCGAAACCAAAGUCAACGAAGGCAAGAACUUCUUUACCAUGUUCAGGGAGUUGUUCAGUGUGCCGCGAAACAGGCGUGCGACGUGGGCUACAUGGAUUGUCAUGUUCGGACAGCAGUUCUGCGGGUAUGUUCAAAGAUACAUCAUUCCCUUGACGUCUUUACUGACAUCCUCCGAAGUGUGAAUGUUAUCGCUUACUACAGCACGACUAUCUUUGAACAGGGAGGAUACGGUCGUUCCAAUGCCCUGCUCGUGUCCAUGGGUACAGGCAUCCUGAAUUGGCUAUUCGCUCUACCCGCCUUCUUUACGAUCGACACACUCGGCCGCCGCAACCUGCUGCUCGUUACCUAUCCUUUUCUUUGCAUCACUCUGCUCUGGACAGGUCUAUCGUUCUUGAUAGACGAGAGCAAGACUGUCACUCGCACAGCCAUGAUAACGACCGGAAUGUACUUGUUCGAAUGCUUCUACUCGCCUGGAAUGGGUCCCGUCCCUUUCUUAUACUCCGCCGAGGCCUUCCCGAUGAAUGUACGAGACGUCGGUAUGAGCUGGGGAACAGCGACGACCUGGUGCUUUAACUUCAUUCUGUCCUUCACCUGGCCUUCGCUCGUCAGCACCUUCCAGCCCGAGGGAGCUUUUGGAUGGUACGCGGCUUGGUGCAUGAUCCUCUGGGUUCUGGUAUUACUGUUUAUGCCGGAGACUAAGGCCCUUACAUUGGAGGAACUGGAUCAGGUCUUUAGUGUUCCGACUUGGAAGCAUUCGAGGUAUCAACUACGAAAUGCGAAGUGGCACUUCAGUAGGUGGGUCUUGAGGAAGAAGGAAGAGCCACUGAAACCACUGUAUGAGGGACAGGAGAAAUUGAUGAAAUAUCAAACGGGAAGCGGUGAAGAUAGGGAUUUCAUGGAGGCUGUCUAA